CUUCCUCAAAUACUGUCCAUUCACCUGCAGGUGACUUACACAGGUGGAUAUUUAGUCAUAGUGUUUGUUUGUCUCUACAGCAGGAAGAUGCUGUUUUUAUGCUUGUGCUUGCUGGCUGUGGUCAUGCAGUCAGUUCAUUCCUAUAACUGCACCUCGGACUAUAACAGGAUUCCAGAUAACAGUGAUCUGGUGGUUCACUGUGGCACCAAUAUGAUCUCUCUGGAGGUGAACCUGUGCACUGCGGCUUGGGCAGGCUUUGACGCCAGUGGUCUGGCACUGAACGCGCAACGCAAUAACAGCCUGUGCUUGGGCACCGUUGACUACACCGUAAACCCUCCUGUCAUCCGCUACCAGCUGCCCGUCAAUGACAGCCUUCAGAACCCCUGCAGAUACUCUCUGCAGAUUGUGGAUGAGCUUCCCAACCAGUCUGGUCCGUUCAGCAUGUUCUCCAGCAUCCAGUCGGUCAUUGUCACAGGAUUCAUUGAUACACCCAACUCUGCAGUAGGAGUUGUCAGCUAUGCCACAGACCUAUACUACCACUUUUCCUGCCGUUACCCACUGGAAUACCUCCUCAACAACACUGAGAUCACAGCGUCAUCAGUGUCUGUGGCUACUAGUGACAACAACGGCACAUUCAUUGACACACUCAGCAUGAGAGUCUUCAAUAGCUCAGAUUAUAACAGUUCUUUGGUGGUUCCGCCAUCUGGAUUACCUCUGCGCACUAAAGUCUACGUCGAAGUAAAGGCUGCCAAUCUCACUGGGAAUUUUAAUCUCUUGUUGGACUACUGUUUUGCCACCCCGUCACCUUAUAAUACCAGUAACAACGUGCAGUACAACUUUUUCACUGGAUGUACAGUAGAGAACCGAACAACGGUGAUUAAAAAUGGACUUUCCAAGUGUUCCAGAUUUUCAUUUGAAGCCUUCCGCUUUGUGCAGCAUCGUAGUCAGCAGCAGUCUACCAUUUACCUGCACUGUAUAUUGCGUCUUUGCGAGCCAAAGAAAUGCAAUGAACUGAUUAAUGCUUGCAACUCUACUGUAGCACGUAGAAAAAGGGCUGCAGAAACUUACGGAUCACAAGCCACAGAAUCUGCCAUGGUGUCUGUGGGCCCUCUGUACACUGAAGCCCUGGUGAAAGAUCUUCCCACUGCAUCGCCCUAUGCAGGAGGCAAUGAGCCGCAGAACCGGGAAAAUAUGAAUGUGGCUGGAGUGAUGGCAGGGGUCAUUUUCGCCACUGCCGGUACUGUUGGCAUGAUUAUGGCUGGAUGGUUUGUACUGAAGAAGUUUGUCUGGGCUGGUGGCCUGCCUCGAGCUUUCCACUAAGACUUCCAUCAACUAGCCAUCUGUUUAGCGUUGAACGAAGCUUAAUUUGAUAUCCCCGAUAAGAUGUCUGAUCACAUCACGGAGUCUGCACAAACCAUAGAAGAAGCGUUUUGCAUAAUGCUUAAUUAGCAUAUUUUAAUCUAUUUAGACAGCAGUUUGUAGUAUAGUCACUUGGAAACUGUCUUUUUUUAAGUGACUGCAAAUAUUACUAUUUGCAUUGUUUAAUGAGUUUUAGAUGUGCUCUACUAUAAGAUGCACAUAGGCACAGCUGCAUUAUUGAAUGGAGCAAACUGUGGAUGUAAUCUUUUUGUAAUUUUUAUGAUCAUACAUUGUUUCUUUUACACAUUGCUUUUAUAUUAGCCCAGGGGUUUUCAAGUAUUUUGGUUUCCAAAUUGAUCAAAGGUCACUCUUCUAGAAAUGAGAAGGCAACUACUGUUAGGUUCAUAAAUAUUUGGACAUUGACAGAAUUCUAAUAUUUUUUCGGCUGUGUACACCAACACAAUGGAUUUGAAAUUAAACGAACAAGCGUUAACUGCAGAGUGGCAGCUUUAAUUUGAGGGUAAUUGCAUCCAAUUUGGGGUGAACGGUGAACGGUGUAGGAAUUACAACAGUUUGCAUAUGUGCCUCCCACUUGUUAAGGCUCCAAAAGUAAUUGGACAAUUGACUUCUCAGCUGUUUCAUGGACAGGUGUGUUAAUCCCUUAUUAUGCCAAUUACAAUGAGGUCCAGAGUUCAUUUCAAGUGUGCUAUUUGCAUUUGGAAACUGUUACCGUCAACUCUCAAGAUGAGACCCAAAGAGCUGUCACUAUCAAUCAAGCAAGCCAUCAUUAGGCUGGAAAAACAGAACAAACCCAUCAGCGAGAUAGCAAAAACAUUAGAUGUAGAUGUGGCUAAAACAACUGUUUGGAACAAAAAACAAAGAAAAACGCACUAGUGAGCUUAGCAACUCCAAAAGACAUGGAAGAACCCGGAAUCAACAUCCUAUGGACAGAUGAGAUCAAGAUCAACCAGAGUGUACCAAGAUCAACC